AUGGCGGUUGCUAAUGCCAAUGCUGCUGUGGCUGCGGCUGCGAAUGCUAAUGCUGUGGCAAUGUCAGUCGCUAAUGCCGCAUUAGCAACAACUAUGAUGAACAAUGAUGCCAACUUGAUGAAUCGGGGCGCCAAUGGGAGUGUGAUUCAAGCAAUGACGAAGAGGGAUAGGGAGAUUUAUACCCCUACCCCUCCCACUAGUCCUGAUGGUGCUACGGGGUUGGGUGGUUCGUAUGGAACUGGAGGUGCUGGAAAUGGGGGGAGUAUAACACUUCAUCCGGUUUCUGAAAGGGCUGGGGGUGAUCCAUAUCCGGGACAUGGAGCAACAUAUGGUGCAAUGUCUUCUCUCAUGGUGUUGGUGCCACCACUACCGCUGGUAGUGAAUGCGUGUGUGAUGGAGGUUCGGGUUUUUGGGUCCUGGGGCGCUAGCGGGUCUGUUAGAGCCUCAACUCAACACUCACCUACAUCUCUCUUGGACGUCAAGGCCGAGGGUUAUGAGGAAAGGGGUCUCAGAUGUAAGCAAGUAACUCAGGGGAGGCGUUAG